AUGGCACCGAGGAGAGCGCGGAAGAGAGCAGAAGGCGGAGCCAGCUCCAAUGUCUUCUCCAUGUUUGACCAGUCCCAGAUCCAGGAGUUUAAAGAGGCCUUCACCAUCAUGGACCAGAACCGGGAUGGCUUCAUUGACAAGGAGGACCUGAGGGACACCUUUGCUGCCCUGGGCCGCAUCAACGUGAAGAACGAGGAGCUGGAGGCCAUGGUGAAGGAGGCCCCUGGGCCCAUCAACUUCACGGUCUUUCUGACCAUGUUUGGGGAGAAGCUGAAGGGCACGGACCCAGAGGAGACCAUUCUACACGCCUUCAAGGUGUUCGACGCUGAGGGGAAAGGCUUCGUCAAGGCGGAUUUCAUCAAAGAGAAGCUCAUGACCCAGGCGGACCGGUUCAGUGAGGAGGAGGUCAAGCAGAUGUUUGCAGCUUUCCCGCCAGAUGUGUGUGGCAACCUGGACUACAGGAACCUAUGCUAUGUCAUCACGCAUGGCGAAGAGAAAGACUAG